UAUUCAUUUCUCUGGAAGAGUGAAGCAGAACGCAAUGGCAGCUCUGGGUUUAGAGAUAUUGGGCCUCAUAUUGGCCACUCUGGGCUGGGUUGUUGGGAUCGUGUCCUGCGCUUUGCCAAUGUGGAGGGUGACCGCCUUCAUCGGCUCGAACAUUGUGACGGCACAGAUCAUCUGGCAGGGAAUCUGGAUGGACUGCGUGGUACAGAGCACGGGCCAGAUGCAGUGUAAGGUGUAUGACUCCAUGCUGGCAUUGCCCCAAGAUCUACAGGCAGCUCGCGCUCUGUGUGUGAUCUCUAUAAUGCUGGGAGUGCUGGGAGUCUUGGUCUCUGUCGCAGGGGCCAAGUGCACCAACUGCAUAGAGGACGAACGCACAAAGGCCAAGGUGAUAAUCGCUGCUGGCGUGACAUUUAUCUGCGCUGCUGUCAUGGAGUUGAUCCCGGUAUCCUGGUCAGCGCAUACGAUCAUCAUGGAUUUCUACAACCCGGUGAUAACAGAGGCACAGAAACGAGAGAUCGGAGCGAAAUAGUGAGCGUCCACGACCAUGUCUGCCGGCCUGGAGCUCAUUGGGAUUGUGCUGUGUGUGCUGGGAUGGCUCCUGGCCAUUGUCUCCUGCGCUCUGCCCAUGUGGAGGGUCACGGCCUUCAUCGGCAGCAACAUCGUGACAGCGCAGAUUUAUUGGGAUGGUCUCUGGAUGAGCUGUGUGGUGCAGAGCACUGGUCAGAUGCAGUGCAAAGUCUAUGACUCCACGCUGGCACUUUCCCAAGAUCUCCAAGCAGCCCGUGCUCUCACUGUCAUCUCCAUCCUACUGGUCAUUCUAGCCAUGCUGGUGUCCAUUGCUGGGGCCAAGUGCACCAACUGCAUUGAUGACGAAUCAUCCAAGGCCAAAGUCAUGAUCGUGGCUGGAGUUCUCUUCCUUGUGGCUGGGCUCAUGCAGUUGAUUCCUGUCUCCUGGUCAGCUAAUACCAUCAUCAGGGAUUUCUACAAUCCCUUACUGACCAACCCGCAGAGGUGGGAGCUAGGAGCUUCACUUUACAUCGGCUGGGCUGCCACGGCUCUCCUGAUAAUGGGUGGAUCGUUGCUGUGUUGCUCUUGCCCUCCAUCCAGGAUGACUUAUUCAGCUUCCCGCUCUGCAGCUACUGGUGGGUAUGACCGAAGAGACUAUGUGUGAGUCGGGAAAAGGAAACAAACUGUUUCAUGUACUGUUACAUGUUCAAGACAAGGGUACAAAUGUGCCUUCUCAGACCCUAUUAUGAAAGAGAACACUGAUAUUUGAUUUGCUGAGCUCUGAAAAAAAGGGCUCAUUGUGUAACUGUAAAAAAAAAUGUUAAAAUAUGAUGGCACUGGAGGAGAAAAGCAUUUCACAAUGGACUAGGGAAAACUUAAAUAAUUGUUUUCAUACUUUCUACUAUUUUAUGUAUUUUUAUUUCAAGGAAUUCAAAAAGUAUUCAGUAUUUUAAUACACUUUAUAAUUUUUAUGAUUGCUUUAGCGUUCAGAAGAAAAGCUGACAUCUAAUGUAAAAACAGUUAUGCAUAUGUCUGUACAUUGUAGCUAGCCUUAUAAAAGGGACCUUGUGGUGCAGAAGAGUGGGAAGAAAGCCAGGAGGUACAAAGUGAACAGCUCAUUGUGUGCAGUGAAGCAGAGAGGAACAUUUGUAUCAAGCUGUUCCUAUACUGAAAACCACUCUCCUGCCGUAUGCAUGGCACUUUAUUUUCAUGCUCUGAUGAUACAGAUUGAAGGUUUGU